CUCUUCUUCUGAAGGGUUGGUACUAACCUAAGUAAUUGUCUACCAAAGCAUAGCCGGACUACUCCACCCAGAGAUGGCUGAAGGAAGUGGAAAUGAGGAGACAACUCUUGAGCAUACAUCAACAUGGGCAGUGGCAGUUGUUUGUUUCAUCUUGAUUGCUGUUUCCAUACUUAUUGAACAUGGUCUUCAUCUUCUAGCUAAGUACUUACAGAGGAAGAGGAAAAAGUAUGUUCUUCAUGCUCUGAGCAAAAUCAAAUCAGAUUUACUGCUCUUGGGAUUCAUCUCUUUGAUGCUGACAGUGGGAGAAAGGCCGCUUGCAAAAAUCUGUAUUCCAAAGGGCGUUGUUGAGACCUUCCUACCUUGUCAAAGCUUGACUAGUGAAGACGAUGAAGAAUCAAAAUGUCAAGAACAGGGAAAAAUGUCGUUCAUGUCAAGAGAAGGUGCACAGCAACUCCAGAUGUUAAUUUUUGUGCUGGCUUUUGUCCACGUUUUAUCUUCAUUUCUAACCUUCAGUCUUGGAAUGGCAAAGAUGAGAAGAUGGGAAUCUUGGGAGGCAGAAACAAGAACCAUGGAAUAUCAGUUUUCAAAUGAUCCAAGAAGAUUCCAGCUUAUUCAUCAAACAACAUUUGGAAGGCGGCAUCUCAGAUUUUGGAGUGAAUACCGAAUUCUUCGUUUACCAGUUGUUUUCUUUCGACAAUUCUUUAACUCCGUUUCCAAAGUUGACUAUAUAACUCUGCGGCGUGGAUUUGUCGCGGCUCAUUGUAAAGAAAAAAGUAGCUUUGACUUCCAGAAAUACCUGAGGAGAGCUUUGGAGAAAGAUUUUGGAGUGGUUAUUGGGAUGAGCCUCUGUAUCUGGAUUUUCUCAGUACUUUUCAUAUUCUUCAAUGCAUACGUUUUUCACAGCUAUAUUUGGCUGCCCUUCAUUCCAUUGUUGUUUCUGCUGGCUGUUGGGACAAAGCUACAAGCUAUUAUAACGAGAAUGUGCUUGGACACCAAUGACAAAUCCCAUGUGAUUCGAGGAAGCCUUCUCGUUAGGCCCAGUGACCAUUUCUUCUGGUUUGAUCGACCAGAAUUGCUUCUCCACCUAAUGCACUUUAUUUUAUUCCAGAACUCAUUUCAGCUGGCAUUUUUUUCAUGGACUUGGUACAAGUUUGGACUGAGAUCUUGCUUCCACCGACAAACUGAAGACAUUGUAAUAAGACUCACCAUGGGAGUGCUUGUUCAAUUCCUCUGUGGCUACGUAACACUUCCUCUUUAUGCUCUAGUAACUCAGAUGGGCACAUCAACGCUAAGAAAUGCAUUUCCGGAGGCAGUGGUCAGAGGCCUGAAAAGAUGGCGAGCAAAAGCCAGGAAAAAGAUAGCCAGGAGGAGCCAUUACGCCCCUUCUUUAGACGCUUCGUUAGAUGCUUCACUUACUUCACUAUCUUUCAGCACUCUCGACGCAUCCCUGUCUGUAGAACUAGGAUACGCUGCCGAUGAGUCCAUUAUGUCAACUGAGAUAGAAGAUGAUGACACUAGUGAUUCUGGAAAGCAAAUGGAGAAGGUGGGAUCUUUUGAGGGCUUGGAUAUGGGAAGAAUUCAACAGUUUUGAGCCACUUUUUGAAGGGUAGGGCUUGGAAGAUUUGAUACUGCAGGCCAAAAUCAUGAGAUUGAUCCCGGGAAUGCAAUCAUUGUAAGUUGUUGAAGGAAAGGGUGUGGAAGAUUGAUAGAGAGUACCAACAACAUUUAUGGGAAAUGAUAAACUAUACUAGAUGGGAGAUUGUUGUCAAGAAAUCCCAGCUUGCGGCGUAACAUUUAAAGGCUGCUGCUCCAAUUGUCCUUGUUGAGUACCAGAUCAUGCUUUUGGAGGUUAUUUGAAAUCGGCCUUUUUUUUCUUCUUAUAUAAACAUCUAGCAAUGUUGAGUAAAUUUUGGACAUAAGGCUGGUAGAACAUAAGGCUGCUAGUCGAUUGAAGCACUGCUUCCUCAAUUUAUUUUGCGAUUCAAUUUAUUUCAUAUCAGGAGAUGAGCAGCUGCAUAAGCACACAAUCACUUGGGAUCCCCCAAAUUUGUGUAUGAGGCAGCAAUUGGAUGGGCUCAUUCUUGG